UCUCUCUGAGCUUUCCAUGAAAAGCGUCGGGAAAAUGGGGAAAUACAUAAAAAAGAGCAAACUCGACGGAGAAUCUCUACCCUUAAUGGACGUCUCUCCGUCUCCUCUCGGUGUUCUCACUCGAGCUAAGUCCUUAGCUCUCCAGCGCCGCCUUCAAAAACCCUCGUCUUCCUCCUCCUCGCCGUCGAAACAGAAGAUGACGACGGAUUGCGGCUAUCUUCAGCUGAGGAGUCGUAGGUUACAGAAGAAGCCGCCAAUUGUAGUGAUUCGUCGGAGGAAGAAGCAGAGGAGGGUGAGAAACCCUAGUUCCCAAAAUGUUGAUUCGGGUCGUGGGUCGGGUGGUGGUGAUGGGUCGAGGUCGGAUUCGGUUGCUGAGAGUGGUGUGUGUGGUAAAGUUAAGGACUUUAAUGGUGAAAUCAACUUGGAUGAGCUUCACGGUAGUGAAAGGACCACAAGGGAAUCCACGCCAUGCAGUUUGAUGAGAAAACCGGAAACCACCACAAGCCCGGGAUCAUCUCCAAAGCUUAACAAUGGUGCAAGUGACAACAGCAACGAGAGAGAAGAGAGUUUUACAGGUACCCGUGGUCAUCGACCAACUACACCUGAAAUGGACGAGUUCUUCUCCGGUGCUGAAGAAGAACAACAAAAGCAAUUCAUUGACAAGUACAACUUUGAUCCUGUGAACGAACAACCACUACCAGGACGGUAUGAAUGGAAGAAGGUAGAUGAUUAGAGACAACAAAACGAAAGGGUGGGGGGUUAAUAGUUAAUACAGGCUAUGUUAACAUUUUCCUGCUAAUUAUCGGUUUGAUCUUUUAUUUCCAUCAUCCGUUUCUUAACUUUUCCAACAUGUAAAGUUUUUAAAUUGGUGUCUGUAACAUAAGUGGCUGAAAAGGGGUUUGUGUAACACAGAACUGAUACCAAUCCUUUUCAGGUCUAAACAGAUCACCUUAGUAGUAGUACUAAACCAUAAAGAGAAGGUUAACCCAAAGUCUGUUUAGGGUUUAGAGUUCUUUCAGUUAAUGGUGUAGUGAAAUCUUUUUCUGGUACAGGGACUCUGCAUUAUCUUAUAACUCUUUGUCCUGUAACCAUUUUUAAUAUCUAUCCAUUUGUGUGUAUACAUGUACUGAUUUCAAAACUCUUUUCAAUAAAGACUUAUCCCUUCUCUG